AUGCGUCGCAGACUCUCUAGAAAUGGAGAAGCUUUCCACAGCCCAACAAGCGCAAAUGGAGGUAGCACAGUUUAGAGAGUUCCUGACGACGUACAACAGACUGUCAGAGUCGUGUUUUAUGGACUGCGUCAAUGACUUCACAUCGAGAAAAGUGACAGGAAAGGAAGAUCAAUGUGCGUCUCAUUGCGUUGAGAAAUACUUGAAGCUAACACAGAGAUUGUCACUACGAAUACAGGAACACCAAGCUCAGCAGCUAGAAGCAAUGGGCGUCAAGCCUGGACAGACAUCAUGAUUUUGUGUACCCUCU